AGUUCCCGGCUUUGGGUUCCCUCUUAGGUCUGGGCUCAGGUCCCAGAGCCCGGAGUCACAAGGCCGGUAGGCAGGGGCGCCCAGCCGGCGAGCCGCAUGGAGCCGCGCGCCCCGGACGCCUGCUUCCUGGGAGAUGUGGGUUUCUGGGUGGAGCGCACCCCUGUGCAUGAGGCAGCUCAGCGGGGCGAGAGCCUCCAGCUUCAGCAGCUCAUUGAGAGUGGAGCAUGUGUUAACCAGGUCACGGUGGACUCCAUCACACCCCUUCAUGCAGCAAGUCUACAGGGCCAGGCCCAGUGUGUGCAGCUGCUGCUGGCAGCUGGCGCCCAGGUGGAUGCACGCAACAUCGAUGGCAGCACCCCUCUUUGUGAUGCCUGUGCCUCAGGCAGCAUCGAGUGUGUAAGGCUCUUGCUGUCCUAUGGGGCUAAGGUCAACCCUCCUUUGUACACAGCAUCCCCACUACAUGAGGCCUGCAUGAGCGGGAGUUCUGAAUGUGUGAGGCUUCUUAUUGACGUCGGGGCCAACCUGGAAGCACACGACUGCCACUUCGGGACCCCUCUACAUGUUGCCUGUGCUCGAGAGCAUUUGGACUGUGUCAAGGUGUUGCUCAAUGCAGGGGCCAAUGUGAACGCAGCAAAACUUCACGAGACCGCUCUUCACCACGCGGCCAAGGUAAAGAACGUCGACCUCAUCGAGAUGCUCGUAGCGUUUGGAGGCAACAUCUACGCCCGCGACAACCGGGGCAAGAAGCCCUCGGACUACACGCGGGGCAGCAGCGCCCCGGCCAAGUGCUUUGAGUACUAUGAAAAGACACCUCUUACCCUCUCACAGCUCUGCAGAGUGAGCCUGAGGAAGGCCACUGGCGUUCGAGGGCUAGAGAAAGUCGCCAAGUUAAACAUCCCUCCGCGGCUCAUCGACUACCUUUCCUACAACUGAGCUGCAGGCAGGGAGCUGGUGACUAGAACGACUGUGACCUUGCUGCGCCGAGCCCUGGGCCCUAGUGACUUCUGCCUGCUUCUCGGUAACGCCAUCGUUGCUAUAGAUAGAUUGAUUCUCCUUUGUGUUCUUUUUGGCUGUCCGUUUUGAGGUCUUCUGAACUCUGGAGAAGAUUUCCGAAGCACCAGGAGGCCAGUGUCUGGCGUCACUGCUGUGGCUGUAACCCUCGCUAGUCUUCUGGAACUUAUGCCGUUGCUCUAGGAUGGGCUCAGCUCUCCUGGUUUUCUCUUGUCACCGACCUCCCUCAAAGGCAUGCAAGACAAGACAGUUCAAGUUGCACAGGGAGUACUGGGGACUCAGGACACCGAUGUUGCUUAU